ACGUGGCCUCCCACGUUGGGCUUUCUUUGUGCGCAUGAUCUUUGGACAAAGCGCUCGUGAGCUUGGCAGUGGCAGUGAGUUUGCGCUGAGAGAGGCGCAGGAAGGCAGAGGAGCAGUGUUUGGAGGGAGAACCUCGCUCAGCACCAACAACCUGCAACCCGCCAGCCGCAGUCUUUCAGUCAGAAAGGCGAUGAUGACGCGACAAUAGCGUCGCUGACUUUAACGAGGGAAGCGCUCGGGGAUUAACACGAGUCGUCCGCGCUUCAGCACCCUGGACAGCGCACCAGCCAAGUUGCGCCUUUCGCCACUUCUGCACUUCUGCGCAGCGGCGGACCUUAAUGAGGAACCAUGCGCGUGCCAACGUGCUCUCCAUCCCCUGGCGUAGACUGCGUAGCCCGACUGGACUUCUUCUGAAGUGAGAAAUGGACUUGGCAGAAACUCUGCUUGCGCUGUUCAUCGUCGUGGUCGCGAUCGUCUCUUUGCUGUCCAACUUGCUGGUGCUGCUAUGCUUCGUCCACAGCAGCGAGAUCCGCAAACAGGUGCCGGGCAUUUUCACCAUGAACCUGUCCUUCUGCAACAUCCUGAUCGCCACGCUCAACAUGCCGUCCACUCUGGUGGGCAUCGUGAAGAACCAGCAGCCUUUCGGGGAUCGCCUGUGCCGCGCGGUCAGCUUCCUCGAGACUUUCCUGACCGCUAACACCAUGCUGAGCAUGGCAGCGCUGAGCAUCGACCGCUGGGUCGCGGUGGUCUUCCCGCUCAGCUACUCCACUAAGAUGCGCUACCGGGACGCGCUCGUGCUCGUUUGUUACUCGUGGCUCCACUCGCUCACCUUCUCGCUGGUGGCGCUGCUCUUCUCCUGGGUGGACUACAGUCAGGUCUACGCCUCGUGCACGCUGAAGCUGACCGAGGAGAGCGCGCGCACCAAGUUCGCCGUCUUCACCGUCGUCUUUCACGCCACCAGCUUCAUGCUGUCGCUGCUCAUUUUGUGCGUCACCUACUUGAAGGUGCUGAAAGUCGCACGCUUCCACUGCAAGAGGAUCGACAUCAUUACCAUGCAGACCCUCUUCUUGCUGGUAGACAUACACCCAAGUGUUAAGCAACGCUGCCUCGCCGAACAGAAGAGGAGGAAACAGCGCGCGACCAAGAAAAUCAGCAUUUUUAUUGGAUCGUUUGUCAUCUGUUUCGCCCCGUAUGUCAUCACCAGGCUGACGGAGCUUCUUCCCUUUGUGGAUAUCAAUCGGUACUGGGGCAUUGUUAGCAAAUGCUUAACCUACAGCAAGGCUGCUUCGGAUCCCUUUGCGUAUUCUCUUUUGCGCCAACAGUACAAAAAAGUCCUGGUAACCGUGGCCAACCGGCUACUGAAACGAGACUUAUAUCCUUCCUCUGGACAUAACAGUUCGCUGGACACAGAAAAUGACUAUUCUCUCCAAAGAAUCAGCUAAUGACAGCUGUAGACACAGGAAAAUCCCAAUGCCUUGAUGUCAAAAGAGGAAGAUACUGAGAGAGAGAGAGAGAGAGAGAGAGAGAGAGAGAGAGAGAGAUUAGGAUGGUCAUCCAGAUAGAGUUGGUGAUGAUGACAUGAUGUACACACAGCCAUAUGCAGUACAAUUUGCAGUGGUAAACAUGGACAGUAGCAAAGGAUAUGUGACCAAUUGGCCAUGUAUUCUUUUGUAUACAAACAACAUACUCACACACACAUACACAAACAAGAUCACACACACACACACACACACACACACACACACACACACA